AUGCAAACUAUUCCUCAAUCAUUCUCACCACCACAAGGCUUUAAGGUGUUUGUCGGUCACAUCCCCCUCACUAUGAAGGAGGAUGAGCUAUCAGAGAUUUUCGACAAGUUUGGAAGUAUCUUAAAUAUAUCUAUCAUCAAGGACAAGAAGACUAGCGUACCAAGAGGUUGUGCUUUCAUCAGCUACGGAACAAAAGAAGAAGCUGACAAUGCCAUCAACACUAUGAAUGCAACCAAUCAAUACAUUGGUGAUAUGAACAAACCAUUGCAAGUUAAAUAUUCAGACAAUGAAAUUGAAAAAAUGGAAAGAAAGUUGUUUGUUGGUAUGUUGGGUACUUCCAACGAAGAUCAAAUCAAGCAAUUGUUCUCCAAGUAUGGUAAUAUCGAAGACAUCAACAUUGUCAGAGAGCCAGAUGGAAAGCCAAAAGGUUAUGGUUUUGUCAAAUUCUCAAUGAGAGAAGAAGCCGAAGAAGCCAUCAGAGAUAUGGACUCUAAGCAAACUUUACCAGGUUCAACUCUUCCAAUCAUUGUCAAGUUUGCCGACACUGAGAGACAAAAGAGAAAGAAACAACAAAUGGUUGGUAUGCCAAGACCACAAAUGCAACAACAACAGCAACAACAACAACCAUGGAACAAUGCUGGCUUUUACCAACAACAACAACAACAACCACCAUACUACAUGGACGUCAUGCAACAACAACAACAACAGCAACAACAACAACAACAACACAACAAUGAAAAUAGUAACCCAUUUGGUCAACGUUUCGGUCAAAGAAAUAAUUAUAACCACAUGAACCAUGGUGGUUUUGUAGAUUAUUCACAACAACAACAACAACAACAGCAACAACAACAAGGAGGUCAAGAAUCAAAUGAUCUCUUUAUUUAUUACCUUCCAGCAUCAUAUGGUGAUGCCGAGUUAAAGAACCUUUUCCAACAAUACGGAAACGUUGUUAGUGCCAAAGUUUUCAUUGACAAGAACACUGGUCAAUCAAAGUGUUUUGGUUUUGUAAGUUACGAUAGAUCACAAUCAGCAAUUCAAGCCAUCAACAAUUUGAAUGGUUUCCAUGUCGAAGGAAAGAAGUUAAAGGUUAAUUUCAAGAGAGACAGAAAUUAA